UCCCGAGCCGCCGCCGCCGGCGGUUGCGAACCUGCCGCCGUGCGCGGCCCGCCGGGCGCCGCCGCGGCCUGCGGGCGGCCGCUGGUUGGCGGCUAAGGGGGACGGACGAACGGGCACGCGUGAGGGAGGAGGGGGCAGCGGCGGCAGCGGCAGGAGUUUCCCCGACAGCUGGAGGUUGCGGCGGCGGCUCCUCCUCCUCCUCGGAUCCCCGUUAGAGCCGAGAGACCCCCCGCGCUCCCUCCUUAUUGACAAACACACACAAAGGGCCGCACCGGGGACGCGUCUGGAGCCGGCAUGGGAGACAAGAAGAGCCCGACCAGGCCGAAGCGGCAGCCGAAACCCUCCUCGGACGAGGGCUACUGGGACUGCAGCGUCUGCACCUUCCGCAACAGCGCCGAGGCCUUCAAGUGCAUGAUGUGCGACGUGAGGAAGGGCACCUCCACACGGAAACCUCGACCUGUCUCUCAGCUGGUUGCACAACAGGUUCCUCAGCAAUUCGUGCCCCCUACACAAUCAAAGAAAGAGAAAAAAGACAAAGUAGAAAAGGAAAAAAGUGAAAAGGAAACAACAAGCAAAAAGAACAGUCAUAAGAAAACCAGGCCAAGAUUGAAAAAUGUGGAUCGAAGUAGCGCUCAGCAUUUGGAAGUUACCGUUGGAGAUCUGACAGUCAUAAUUACAGACUUUAAGGAGAAAACUAAGUCACCACCUGCUUCCAGUGCUGCUUCUGCAGAUCAACACAGUCAGAGUGGUUCUAGCUCUGACAACACAGAGAGGGGAAUGUCCAGGUCAUCUUCACCCAGAGGAGAAGCGUCAUCACUGAAUGGGGAAUCUCAUUAAAGUUUAUUUUCUCCAGUUUCUUUAGUCUCUUCUCUUCAAAACAUGCAAAUACAUAAGUUCUGUCACCUGUUACCACAUUUUCAUGACAGAUUAUUCAUGCACAAUUGGUAUGUUGACUGGAACAUAAUUUAUGCAGUUUUAAAAAAUGAAAAAAGUGCAGUGGUAGAAACAAUAAUUUAAAUGCAAUCUACAAAUGCUUACGAAGCAUUUUCAGACCAACUUUUUAAUCUUCAUGUGUAAAGGUGCCAUGAAAAUGUGGUUUGAAUGUUCAUUAUGCAGUGUUAUUGGUAAGUCCAUUUUCACUUUUAGUUUAGUGAAUUCUAACACAACUCUUGGAGUCUCUACUAUUGGCAUGUACUGAAUUUAAAUUUUUAUAACAUAGUUCAAGCUGCCUAAAUAUGUAUUAUUUGAGAAUUGUGAAACAUAGUUAUAUGUAUGCAAGUCAAAGAUCAACUUAAUCAACUAUUGCUGCAACAGAAUUUUCAUAAUAAUUAUCUUCUUAAAAACACCUGCUGGUACUUGGUGUGGUUAAAUAGGAGAAAUGUUAUUAAAUAAAACAUUUGUAUGAAUUUUUGCCAAUGUUUGACACAUUUUACUAGAUUACUGUUACUGAAUUAUGUUGAUGGUUUUACCAAUAUUUUUUCACACUUAAAACACUUAUUGUAAUGUUUACAAGCAAAAUAGAAAACACAUUCUAAGCAUUGAUUGGUUAACCUUACAAUUCAGGUAAAGUACUACAUUGUCACUGUACACUGGUAUUCUAUGUUGUGUAACAAAUACUGAACCUCAGAUGACGACGCAUUUGGCAGAAUCUAACAUUUGGAAAUAUGAGAGUUUGGAAAAGCUUUAAAAAUAACAGAAGUGCAGUUCUCACUUCUGCUUAGUGCUGUUUCCUUGCCCCAGAUUUAUCUAAUGUCAUGUAGUCACUUGUCAUUUCAUUACAGGAAUAUCAGAUAUUGCACAAGAAUAAGGAAAUAACAAUACUAUUAAUUUCUUGUUCCUGAAUCAAUUUCUUUAAUAUUGAUUUGGCCUAUUAGAAUAUAUUAUGUCAUAAAUCAUAUGAAAAAAAUCAGUACCCUGCUUUAUGGCAUAAACUGUCAACAUUUACGCACUUAGCAAUAUACUGAUACAGAGCAGAACUAUUUACAAUCCCAUCUGGUAUUAUGUAAAAUUACCAAUAAAAUAUUUUUGUGAAUACA